GAUAUAAAUUUAUUUUUAAAACAGUUACAUUGGGUUGGAGAUUGAAAAGAUGCAAGGAUUACGAUCGUCCAAUUGGACGAGCGUGCUUCACGAUACAACGAUCACUGUCCAUUCGUCGACUAAUCGUCGAUCUUUGUUUUCACUGUUCGAUGGUUAUUCGUAAAAUAUACCGCGGUCACGGAGGUCCGUUGCUCGCAUUCGAGAAUACACACAGUCGUGGAAAUAUCCGAUCCCUUCCAAGCGGACGCCCCCCACUCCUUUGUCGCGUGUUUCCCUACGUUAACGCGUGCCAUCGACACGAGAGCAGUGAGUCAGUGGUGCGCGGGCCUUCGUGGCGUAAGGACGUGCGCCAUGCUCGUCGCGUUACUCGCAUAAACGCGUGUGUUCCUUCGUUCACCUCGUGUGAGUGCGUGUACAAUCACAGAAAAAAUACUCCGAUCUUUACUGCCUUUCGCCGAUCGAACCGUCUAUCGUGAUACAUCUUGUUGCACCGAUCUUCUCGUUUUUUCUCCCCUCUGUGCCUAGCCUCGAUCGUGCCGAGAGAUCGUGACGAUGUCUCUUUAUCGAUGACGAGGAAAUAGAGGGAAAUUGUGAAGGAAGCAAUUCUGAAAUGAUAGAACCAGUAAUUAAGAGGAAACAAGGUGAAUUCUUGGGAAGGAAAGUCUUUAUCAUAGUAGGAGGAAAGAUUGGUCGUGGGAAGAACGACGACAAAAGAAGGCAAACUCAAGGCCAAGAAUCGAGAGCCGUUCCACGAGAGUGCGUCGACCGCUCGUGCGGCACCUCCCCUCCCCAUAAUCGUUCCCUCGUCGAAGGAUCCAUCCAUCCAUAUUGUGGACUGGAAGGAAGGAAGGAAAGGCCGAGAAUCGCCACGGAGAAUAGAAUAGGAAGAAGGCGUGCGCGGAGACGGGUGGCUCGCGUGCCAAAAAGAUGCGACUGUUCGCGUGGCCUGGCAGCGUGACUCGCGGUGGACUCAUAAACGAUGAAUUGGCGGGCAGCGAUGUUGGCUCGGCCGAGAGACGCGGCAGCAGCGGGAGAAGCAGCGGAGGAGGCAGCAGCAGCCACGGCAGCCAGCAAAUCGGUAGAUUGGACGCGCGAUCGGGCGAACACGGGGAAACCAUCCGCUUGGCAUGUACGUCAUCUAUCCGGCAGACGAGUUGCUGCGAAUCUAUGAGAGCCCGGAUCCCCGUGAUCCCUGCAAUCCCCCAGUGUUGACCGGGGAUCGCCGUAGCAGUUGUCAAGUGGCCGUGAUCGCUGUGAACGCGGCAGAGCGCGCCACGAGUGGCCACGAGGGCAACAGGGCGAGGAAGGAGGGGAGACGGGAGCGUGGACAUACGACGCGAAGGAGAAGGGCGAGCAAGGGUAUCCGCGGCGAGCAACGCGUCACAACACGGACUAUGCAAAACAGCCGCGCUGGCGCCGCCGAGGAUCCCGGCAAUCCUCUCAAGGAUCUCACCCAGCCGGGGCUCAAUGAGCCGCUCAAGCAACACAAUGCGGCCACCCUUAAGCUGGUGCAGACCGUAUCAGAGUUCGCUCAGGAGUUGGGCGCUGCGAUGGAGAGCCAUUCGGCGAACGUACGACGGCUGGUCGACGAAUUUCGUAGCCGAUCCGGGGAGACCAGAGUCGAUUCGGGAGGAAUGCGCCGAGUUUGGGAAAGUUUACUGCGCCAGGUGCAAUCGGAUGCAGAAGCUCACUUAGACUUGGCCGCGGUCCUCCAACAGCAGCUCUCCAGACCAACCUUGGAAGCCAGCUUUCAUCGUAAAGUCCAGUCUAAAAAGGUAUUUUCUCAUAGAGAAGCUUACGAACAGGUGGUUUCCAAGGCCGAGGAGAAAUUGCAGCGUGCCCGAGCGGAUUACAAACGCGCUUACGCAGCGCUGCUGACGGUAGAUGGCGGAAGCGAGCAGGAGCUGAAACGCGCCUACUACGAGGCGCAUAACGCGUACAUUCUUCAAUUGAGAGCCACGAAUGCCAUCACAGAACGCUAUCAAUCGCAAUGCCUGCCCGGCCUGCUUGGCGAAAUAGCGGAAGUUUACGAGGAGUUAUGCGGAUUGGCUUGCAAGUGCAUGGUUGGCAUAUCGGAGGCUGCCGCUGAGCGGGCCAGGGAGCAGACAAAGCGUUAUCAGGCAGUUGCCAAAGAGGCUCAAGUUGUCGUGCCUAUGAACGAUUUGCAAAUCUUGGCACGAAACUUAUCAGCAACUGCGACCCCGUCCAAGAAACCCUCGAGGCGGCUUUUCGUGGCACCUGGCCCUCCUGAACAGGUUUCUAUGGAAAGAAUCAAUCAGAUACCCUCCCUGAGGGACGAGCUAGCCCCAACAGGAACGAGCACUCUGCCUCUGAUGGAAGAUUUACGACGGGAAUACGAUAGCCUUACUCAAGAGAUCACUCGACUCCAGGACGCUUUGGAUGCGCUAAUUCGCAUGCAACGAAAGAGCGCUGAAAGCAAUCUGUACACGAAAGUGGCCGAGUUGCAAGAGGACAUCUCCAUGAAGCGUUUUGCACUCGGGGAGACGCAACUAUACCUUGCAGCUGUGCAAGCACAGAAAGAGCUGUUCGGGGCUGGGGAAGCCGGCCAACCGGAUGGGGUGAGCAGCCGGAAGAUGUCGAAUGGUUCUACCGGAAGCACCAAGCACAAAUGGUUGAAAGCAUUCAAGAGCUUGAAGACCAGCUCCCCGACGACUCCUCCAUCAGCUGACAAAGGAAAACAGGCGAUGUACCAUGCCGUUUCUACAGUCGUCGCCAUGUCCAGGAAAAGUUUGGAGUCGGAGGGUGGGCAUUCUUGGCGCGAGUACACAUAUAGAAAGAUAACACCCUGCGACGCUUGUGGCCAAGUGUUGCGCGGUCACAGCCGCCAAGGUGUCAGGUGUCGUGGUUGCAAGGCGAACGCUCACACCGACUGCAUCAACCUGGUGCAACCGGCCAUGUGCCCCAGCGUUGCGCCCAAGAAGAGCGGCGGAAUUCCUCUUUUACGUCGGCAAAAGACCCAGGCUCAGGUGGAUGAAACCACAACCGCUGAAUACAACGUGGACGCCAUAUACCAGGUGCUGAAGCAGGCAGGCGAGAUCCGUGGAAACUCGACAAACUCACCACCUACGCCUCCCACAGCAGAUCAUCCUCCAGCACCUUCGUCAGCGAGGGCCUCCUCCCACCCUUGUUCCUCGUCCACCUCUGCGCCGCAUAGUCCACAACGUAGACGCGAGAGGCUGAAUCUAAGAAUGAAGAGUCUCAGCUUGGAUUCCCCGGAGGGUACUGCACACGUUCGACAUCGUCCACGAGAUUAUUAUGUCGGUGGACAAAGGGAAUCAACGCCACCCAGACAUUCGGACAGUGGAAGCAUCAACAGAUUAUCGCCAUGCAGUCCAGGCCAGGGCCACAACGUUCAUAAACACAUCAGAGGAGCCAUCAGGAUGUCCAGUAUGGAACUGCCCGAUGAAAAUGAGAAAUCUUAUUCGUCUGCAAGCACUUCACCCUGCCCCUCACCACACACCAAUAAUCAAAAUCAUAUGAAUCCACCCGGGAAACGCGUGUUACCUCCCAACAAUCUCUAUGUGGUGCUUUAUAACUUCGAGGCGCGGCAUCGAGAUGAAUUAGACUUGAAAGCUGGUUACAAAGUGACGGUAAUCGACAAAUCGGAGAAGGAUUGGUGGAAGGGAAAGUGUUUGGGCGGCCGAGUGGGUUACUUUCCCAGCGCGUACGUCAUGCGGGUGGAGUCCGGACAGAAAACGCUUCAGGUUACCCGUAACUUGCAAUUGACCGACCAAAUUACCCUACUUCGCGAUCAGAUCGUGAUUCAGGUUGGCGAGGAGGUAGAUGGCGUGGCGAUGGUUCGCUGCGCGGCAGACGUGAGAUCAGCGGACCACACGGGCAAGGAGGGGGAGGUGUUGUACAAGGAAACUCUGUGCCCGUUGAAAUAUUUACAAGAGGUGUGACAGCAACCCCGCCAGCCAAGCGAGCGACAGAAUCGCGCAAAUCUUCGGGAGAGAUUCUCGGCUUCGGCGCGACGUAACGCGGUUGAAAAGUACUACGAUUGCCUGCAAUGUGCCGAGCAGUGCCGCCACGUGACCGCUGUUGUCAACAACAACAAUCCCGGCGUGACCGCGAACAAUAACAAUAACUUGAAGCUGGUCAAGGCCGCCAAAGGGAACAAUCUGAUUCUAAAGGAGAACUGUAGAGCGGCAAACAACACCAUAAACUCGUCAUCGUUGAAGGAGAAUGCGAAAAUUUUGGCUCGUCUGGACGAGGGAAGAGUUUCGAAGAAUCCCAAGAGUGGUGGUAACAAUCUAGUGGCAGUGAGAUCAACCGUGAAAAAUCAACCGUUACCUCUAACUCCGGCCAAAAAGAGAUCGUCUCUGGCUCGUCCCGUUCGUGUCCACGAUUCCUUCGCUCAGCCGAGAAAGUUGUUGCCUAUGAAUUACGCCUUCCAGACGUUGCAGAAGUCUGGAAACGAGUCUACGUACGAGGAGGACGAGUACAAGGAGAGCGGUUGGCCGAUUCGGUUGAGGCUUGAGCAGAUGCUCGAGCUGACGUUGCCGCAGACCAAGAAGAGGACGAAAAAGAAGACGCCAAUGAUGCUGAUGAAGCAGCAGCAGGCCAAUAAGCACGCGUGCAAGGACACGGAGAGGCUGCUGCGCGUAUUCAGCGUGAACAAUGUGGACCAAGAUACUAGGUACAACGUCACACGGUGUUCCGUCAUGUAGAAACUCGCAUAGAUGAUUAUGUUCGUUCGUUGAAGGUUGGUUGUUGAAGAUUUUCUUUUUUUCUUUUCUUUUUUUUUUUUUUUCUUUUGGAGAAUCGAGGCAUUGCAGCGCCAUCUGAAGUUUUUUUCAGGAGACAUUAGACGCUAUUUAAGAUAUAUAAUUGACUCGAGUUAGAGAGGUUAAGAUAAUUUUAUAAUAUGGACCACGAUAUAGCGAGAUUGUAAAAAUACAAGGAGACAUUUUAAAGGAUAUAUAUGGAUUAAUUUAAAAUUGUUCGUGUUUUUUUUUAUUGUUCAAGCAAUAAUAAAAGUAGAUAUAACUUCACAUUAUUUUCAUUACUAGAAACGAAAAGAAAGAGAAGUUGUGAUGUAAAUAUAAAUUUUAAUUUCAAUGCAUAUAUAUCCCAUAUAUAGAGUACAUUGAUUUUUGCAUCAAAGGUUCUUUUUUUUUUUUUUUUUAUCAAAAUUAGCCUUAUAUUCCCAUCCAAAAUAUUUAAUUAUUCAAUGUACCAACAAAUUUUACUAUCUUGCUAUAUUCUAGCUCAUAUUAAUUGGAAAAAUGAAUCAUGCCAGAUUUUUUUUCUUUUUUUUUUUUUUUUAGAAAUCGAAACCCAGCUCUCAAUGUCGAGCACAUCUUGCUCGAAAUUGAAAUUAGAAUCGAAUUGAAAUUAGAACGGAAGCUGCGUAACACCUAAUCAUGCUACAUUUUUGCCAGUAAAUAAGAAAACUCUUUGUUCAGUGUGUGACUUGUGUCUUAGUACUAUCGAUCGCUUGUUGAGUUUGAUAAAAUCAUCCAAAAAUAGGGGAGGAUCGGUAUUUAUAUCAUUUUUAACGUAAAAUACAAUUUGCAUAAUAGAGAAAUACAUUUUCGAUGAUAUCCGAAAUGGCAGAAGAAAAUUUUUUGCGUUCAUCUUUCAACACAAUCGUUCAUUAUUUUUAUCUUCGAUGAUUGUGAAAUGAAUUUUACAAUACAUUGAAUAUAUAUACAUAUAUUAAUUUUUUGAGAAAAAAAAAUUGUUGUCGAUGGAUUAGAACAAUUGAUCGAAUAUUUUAAAAAAGUCGGAUAUCAUUUAAAAUCGAUGGAUUACAUUUCGAAUAAUUUGCAGAGUGUGAAAAGUAUAGUGAACCAAUAUACAAAUAGGAAUCCUCUUUCCUUGGUUAGAUCGCAGAGAUUAUCCCAUUAUCGUCAUCCGCCUGCAUCGAGAUUAAAAAAUUAAAAUUCUUUUUCCAUCGCUAACAGAACACUUGAUAAAUGGUGAAACUUUCUUCGCGUCAUUCGAUAUUCCAAUCAUAAAAAUAUUCGAAUGGUUGCGUUUCGGUUCGAGGAGAUAUAUUUCCAUUCUUAUGUAUAACUCGUGAACUUUCAGAAGAACAUCACGCCAUCACUCUGAACCGAAUUAAAAAUCGCAAAAUCGAAAAUUCUAAUGUCCGCUUUUGUAUUUUUCACAACUAAUUCCGUCCCCGGAGAAACAUUCAAACAGAUGAAAUUCGCGAUUUAAUUUGUUCUAUAGAUACUUCACUGCGUGAAAAAUUCUAAAAAAGAAAAAAAGAAAAAAAAAGUUCUCCAUUUAUCCCAUUUAUCCCAUAUUAAAACGACGACACGAGUGUUUAACAAUCGUUUCGUUGAUGUUAAAUUCGAUUAAAUUUAUCGAAGUUUUGAAGAAGAGAGAAUAUUAAUUAUUGGAAUGAAACGUUAUCGCCAUUGCAUUUAUAAUGAUGCCGAUAUUUUAUCUCGAGCGUUGACCAAUUACCGUGAUCUGCAUUUACUUGAUAUUGCAUUUAUGUGUACAGGACGUUUCUGAAGAUGCGUGACGUAGCAUUAGCGAACGUUAAUAAUAAUAAUAAUAAUUAUAAUAAUAAUAUAUUGAUGCAAAUGGAAAUAAAAAUUAAGUGAAAAAGAAGAAACGUAAAAUACGUGAAGCGUUAAAGGAACAGUGGCGCCAUCAAUUUGUCGCGUAUUUCCAAAAACGCUUGUACACCAAUCUUCGUUGAGUCUGAGAGAAUAAUAUAUAUGAACGUUGAAGAUUUUCAUUCUAUUGUAUAACGAAGAAAUAGAGAAAAUGUUUAAGAAAAAAAAAAAAGAAGAAUAGAUUAAAAGUAUAAUUGCUAAAAAAAAAAGAAAGAGAGAGAGAGAGAGAAAAGAGAAAUUCAGAAAAUUGUUUACUUAUUCGUUAGAUCAUUGUCGAUUAGUUGAAAAUAGCAAUCAGCAAAAUAUAUUAUUCUAUUGUAAUGAGAAAAGUGUAACGAGUGACUAUUUUUUCGUGUGUUUCUCAGAGUUACAUUCUUAACGAUACACACAAUACAAAAGUUGCAUUUUUAAAGGAUAUCUAUAAUAAUUUCAAAGUAUGUCAAAGCACCAAAUUAUUCGAGAGAGAGAGAGAGAGAGAGAGAGAGCGUUUUGCCGUGCGUAGAAAAGAGUCACAACAAGAGAGCUCCGCGUAUACUUAUUUUUUCACUAUCCAAUACUUCAGUCGAUUUUCAUGAUGAGCUGAUCUAGUCACAGAUAUGCUUUCAGUAACGUAAUGUCGUCGAGUGUGUCCUGUUCCUAGUUAGAAUCCUCGAUCGUAACGAGCUCGUUCGUAAAAAAAUUCGAAGACACCAUUCUUUUUCUUCUUUUUCUUCUUUUCUUGAAAUAAUGAAAAUUUAGAAAAAAAAAUUUUGCAAAAUUCGUAGUACUCGUUGUCACUGUUUAAAAUAUUUAAAUUUAAUAAUCCGUAAUUUCUUAGGGACAUUUUUACAUGUUUCGAUUUUAAUUUUCGAAAAAAAAGUUUUCAAAAAUUUACGAACGAGCACGAGUUCGUUAAAAAAUUUUACCGAGGACCGAGAUCAGAAUAGAUUAGGGUUAAGUAUCAGGGAUAAUAAAAGUUGUGUUAUUGUACGUUGUAAGGCUACAUAUAUUUCAUUAUAUUUCAUUAUAUUAAACGUAACGUAACGAGUGCCCUACCCCUGUUAAAGAGUAUAUUACGAAUUAUUAACUGUACCAUAGAUUGUAAGCUAUUCCAACUACCACGCCUAGUAUUUUCUAAGUAUUAUGGUUAUGCAGGAUGUGUUCGUGUUGCUGAAACUGUUUCUGAUUCGUCGUUCCAUUAAAACGAACUUUUUAUUAUUACAAAGAAAAUAAACUAUAAUUGUUACACAAAAAUGAUAAUUAUAUUUCUUAAAUAUUUUAUUAAAAAAAAAAAUAUACGUAUAUAUAUAUAUUUUUGUUUAACCUAGUUAAUUAAAAAAUUAUAUAUAUAUAAUUUAAAAUUUAAAAGAAAAAUUUUGUUUUCUCCUUUUCAUUAUAUUAUAUUAUAUCAAUUCGAUUUAAUGGAACGACGGAUUGGAACACAGGAACCAAAUGAAACAAAGAUGUCUAUACCGUUCAUUGUACCAACGUUCGUGCACGAGUGUUUGGUAAAAAAACGUUGUCGCGAGUUCGAAGAAAGUUUCGAGAAUGAUUUAUAUGUUCAAUCUCGAACGAACAAAGUGAAAGCAGAACCAUGAAUGUAACCACGAAAUUUCAGGAACGUUAUAUGUUUCUACUAUGUAUGAGAGUGGCUAUGGAUUAGUUAUAUCUCGUGUGCCAUAACUCCUAAUGUUUGAUAUAUUUAACGAGUCUAGUCCAUUUACAAUGAAACCUUUCAUACACACCCGAGCAAAUGUGUUUAUCCGAAUUCAUAGACUGCACGAAGAAAAAAAAAUAUAUAUAUACAUAUAUUAUAUCUAUGUA